CCUGCCGUAUUCCAUAUGCUGAGAGCAAACGACAGAGGAGAGUUUCAAGCUUCCCAGAAGCAUUGCUGGAAACAGAAUACUGGGAAUUUCCCUGUUACUAAAUGGGAGGUGUCGGGGAGCCAUUUGCACCUGCGUAGUUGUCCUUUCUGAGAGCCGUCUCGCUCCUCACCCUGCCUCUGCUGCCUGGGCGCAAUGCUGCGGCCAGGGGUCUUUGUGCCCGGCUCACACCGAUAGCCAAGGACGUGCCAGUGCCAAAGACGCCGGCGAGCGAGCGAGCGAGAGCUUGUCUCCAACUUCCAUGCAGACUUUGUGGCUCCAGACCAGCGAUCUAGACUCCAAGUACUCCUUACACACGUCAUUCAGUUUCAUAAAAAAGCUGUCACUUUUCACAGAUGUUCCCCACCCUCUCCGUUGGCACCAGAUCACUCUGUGGAUAGCAUGCUUUGUGAUUGUCAUCCUGGUGAGUGCUGUCAUAGCCUUAGUUUUGCAGUUGGAGGCUGAGAAAGGAAAAGCAGAGGCCGCCAUUGCCAGAUAUACCAGCACAUGCCCUGUGAAAUGUGAUGUUUCUCCAGGCAAUUUCCAAUCUCUUCUUAGAAGCAAAGUCUGCAACCAAAGCCAGGGUGGCUCUUCAGUGAAUUCCACUUGCAAACUCUGCCCUGCACACUGGCACCUCCACGGGGACAAGUGCUACUGGCCAUCAACAGACGUUAAAUCUUGGAACGAGAGUCGAGAUGUUUGCUCAGCAAGGGGUUCUCACCUGGUGGUGAUCCAAGACAAGGAAGAGAUGGAGUAUUUAAAGCAGAUUACCCAAGAUAUACAUACAUACUGGGCUGGACUCUUCAUGUCAUUUCCGGAGAAGAAAUGGGUAUGGAUGACAGGCUCCCGGUUGGACAAGAAUCUGUUCAAGGAACCAAAUCACUCUGAGGAAGAAUACUGUGGAGCAAUAAAGAAUAGCAAAAUCACAUCUGAUACGUGCAAUGCGGAAUUUAGAUGGGUUUGCCAGAAAGCCCCCCUCUUGAUAUGAUGUUUUAAAUGGGUGCAUAAUCUCAUUGUGGUAUGUAAGUUUGUUAUCUGCUAGGAAUAAAAUAAAAAACAACAACUCAUGAUUACAA